AUGUAUCCGAAUUUUCUUCUUGUGAAGGACACUGAUUCGGAGGAGGAACUCAAAGAAGCUUUCAAGGUGUUCGAUAAAGAUCAAAAUGGCUUUAUUUCUGCUGCAGAGCUUCGUCAUGUAAUGACAAACCUGGGGGAGAAGUUGACUGAUGAAGAAGUGGAUGAGAUGAUUAGGGAAGCAGAUCUGGACGGUGACGGUCAAGUGAAUUAUGAGGAGUUUGUGAGGAUGAUGCUUGCUAAGUGA